CAACUUUCCGGCCCGCGCCGCCGCGAGCGCGCUCCGCCGCCGCCGCCCCCUGCCUCUCCUCUCUGCGCCCUUCCCUCCCCCUUCGCCUCCUUCCUUGCUAGGUGCGGGAAGGAAGGAGCAAUUCAGUCAAGAUGGCUAAAGGUGAUCCCAAGAAACCAAAGGGCAAGAUGUCUGCUUAUGCCUUCUUUGUGCAGACGUGCAGAGAGGAACAUAAGAAGAAAAACCCUGAGGUCCCUGUCAAUUUUGCAGAAUUUUCCAAGAAAUGCUCUGAGAGGUGGAAGACAAUGUCUGGGAAAGAGAAGUCUAAAUUUGAUGAAAUGGCAAAGGCAGAUAAAGUGCGCUAUGAUCGGGAAAUGAAGGAUUACGGACCAGCUAAGGGAGGCAAGAAGAAGAAGGACCCGAAUGCCCCCAAGAGGCCACCGUCUGGAUUUUUCCUGUUCUGUUCUGAAUUCCGCCCCAAGAUCAAGUCUACAAACCCUGGCAUCUCUAUUGGCGACGUGGCAAAGAAGCUGGGCGAGAUGUGGAAUAACUUAAGUGACAGCGAGAAGCAGCCAUACAUCAACAAGGCAGCAAAGCUGAAGGAGAAGUACGAGAAGGAUGUCGCAGACUAUAAGUCUAAGGGGAAGUUUGAUGGCGCCAAGGGUCCUGCUAAAGUUGCCCGGAAAAAGGUGGAAGAGGAAGAUGAAGAGGACGAGGACGAAGAGGAGGAGGAGGAGGAGGAGGAGGAUGAAUAAAAACAAACUGUUGAUCUGUCUCCUUGUGAAUACCUUAGAGUAGGGAGCGCCGCGAUUGACACACCUCUCGCCCGAGCCGUGUCUGUUGCCCUCAUUAGGUUGAAUUACCCAGUUGGAUCAUGAUCAUAUCGUAGUCUCUCAAAGUGCUCUAGCAAUUGUCAGUGGUUUACAUGAAGUGGCCCUGGGUGUCUGGAGCACCCGGAAACUGUAUCAAAGUUGUACAUAUUUCC